AUGAAGUUCUACUGGGCUUCCGACCGGUAUCUGGAUCUCAUACUGAUUCGGAAGAUUGCACGAUUUGUAAAUGCAAGCCCUCAACGCCGUGAAAAGUUCCAGCUUACUCAACGACUCGAAUCAGGCUCGGUCUACUACCUUCUUCUUGACUGCAAAACUUGCUGGAACUCAACCUAUCUUAUGAUUCGCCGGGCACUUAAUCUUCGUCAAGCAAUCAACAGUUUUAUUCAGCACUGUGAUUAUGGUAACAUUAAUCAUCUUUGCCCUACUACAAUUGAGUGGAAACAGAUGGAGUAUCUUCUUAAGCUUCUAUACCCUUUUUUUCUUUUCACAUCGUGUCUAUCUGAGAACAGUGGGCCUACUGUUCACAAGAUCUAUGAUAUCUACAACAAUCUUUUCGAUCAUCUGGAUCACUCAAUCAACCGUCUGGCAGAAGGCUAUAUCUAUGCAAUUGCAACUAUUCUGGACCCGAUGUCAAAGCUUGAGAAGUUCAAAAAGGAUGCCUGGCUGGAUGAUGAUACUGACUGGUAUCUUGAGUACCGAACUGUUUUUAAGAAGGUGUUCUAUUUCUAUUGCAGUCAGAAUCCGGCUAUUAAUACACCAUCAACUAUCUCCGGGUCACUGUCAGGCCUGGAUAAAGCCUUUUACAACAUCUCUAAACGCCGGAGACUCUCACCGGCAGCCGAGACAUUUAAAGAACUCAAGGCAUAUCUAGAUAUCGAAGGUACUACAGGGCAUACUGAUAUUCUUACUUACUGGAAGUCCCGCCGUAAUCAGUUUCCUAUCCUCUAUCAGAUGGCUAGAGAUUUCCUCUCAGUUGCCACCAACGGUGUCAGUGUUGAACGUCUACUCAAUAGUUCUCGAGAUAUCUGCCACUAUCGCCGGAGCCGUCUCCAUCCUGAUACAAUUAAAGCAGUAAUGCUUCAGAUAUAUACUGAUCGUUUUACUAUCAGUAAGAAGUACCAGGAUAUUCUUAAUAAUCUCAAUCCGGAUUCAAUCAUCUUCACACCUAAGAAGCAAGAGGAGGAUGAGGUGAUUACUACCUUCUAUAUCAGUGAAAAUAAGGAUAUAGAUGAUCUCGAAGAUGAUCCAAAAGAUGGAUCAUUAUUAGAAACAGGGGAGCUAGCUUUACCUGAGUCUUCGAAUAUUACACGUACUCAGAUAGAGAUAGAGACCCGGCCUUCUCGAUUUCUUCGCCACCAUAAUCAUCGUCCUGGACAGUAUAAAGAGUAG